AAGCACAAAAAAUGCUUUGAAAUGGGUUGAAAUGGAACAGAUUGAAUUUCACGUUUAAAAUGAGAAAAAGGUCUACAGUUCAUAGUGUGUAACAAAGGGUUAAAUCAAGAAGAGAGGGUAGUCGUUUGAUUUCAUACGCCGUUCUUCUGCUAUCUGGUAGAGUCAUUAUUCUUCACAAUAGAUAGGCCUUACCAGGGAGAGUCUAUUGCGGAUUAAAGUGCACAAUGGGCAAUAUUGCAAGUAUUUUUACUCGUCGUGAAAAUUUUGCCGAGGAGCUCAAGAAACUGAACGAGCAGAUCACAGAUGCAGAACAGCGUAUUUUGCUUUAUAGCUUGAGUUGGAGGCGAAAUUCAAUCCGUCUAAUAUAUAUAUUUACAGCCAUCUUUAUACUCUAUGCUGUAUAUUACAAAUUCUUUUGCAUAACAGAGUAUUCUGGAGUAUGGCAUAAGACCUGGACUCUUACAGUGUUUGUGUUGAUCCCUACUGUAGGAUUUUUGUUACUUAAGGUGUUGGGAUUUGUAUACGGUUCUCUAAUAGAGAGCAACAGAGCAUGGGCGUUGGAGUUACAAGCGAACAGAUUCGAAAAGAUAAAUCAAUUCAAAAAAAAAGCGCCUUAUAAUGACGUAGUUGGGGUACUAUAUUCUCCUGAAUUUAUAGGAGCGGGCACCCCUUAUAAGCCUGGAAUAAAAGGGUCGCCUAUGAUGUACUCGCCCAGAAUACCGGUCCAACACAGACCGGGAGCAAAGAUGGCAGUCAAUCAGCUUGUACCUAACGCAGCAGAGUAUGACCAGGUAGUUAGAUCGCCGCUUAAUUCUAGCAUAGAACCAAAGGUGAAUGGUACACCAAGAUCGCAAAAUAAUAUCACAUUGACUAAAAAUAUCGCGAAAACUGAUAGUGAGGAUAAGGAAUAUCAGUAUCCUGCAUUCGUUCCAUUAUCCGUCAAGGAUGGACAUCAAGGUCAUAAUGAUUCGGAGCCAACGAAAGAAAGCUGGAUAACCAAAUUUAUAAACUACGUUACUGGAAAUGGUGUGACGAUGGUUCCUAGACUUUGUGAAAGCUGUAAGGUGGAAAAGGGUAUGGUUCCAGCAGGUUAUAACGCCCAAUUUUUUUGCGAUAAAUGCAAAAACCAAAAAUUGUCUCCUAAGAACGAUCGAAAUAGAGAUUCCGCCAUCCUGGACUCGAAUUCUGGAUCCAAAUCUAAAGAAGACUGAAAAUUUGCGUAUCAAGUAAAAAGUCGAAAAGCCAUCGGCUGUAAAAGAACGAGGUAGUCAUUCUUUAUUCGUCUUGAGAAUAUAAUGAUCACGUGACCCAGAGACUUGAGGUGAAAUGUCAAUUCUGAAAUUAGAACGGUCGCGAAGAAAAUAGCGCUAGGUCAAUUUUCUAGAUACACACCUUGUCUUGGUAAUCUCCACAAGAAUAGACUAUUGGAAAGGCAAACUCUUUCGCUGUAAUAAGCGGUUUCAUAUUUGUAUAGGCUAAAUCUGUAUCGAGCAAGUUUGAUUUCUAAAUUCGGAUUUUUGAAACUUCUUUUACUCAUUUUAAGCAGUACAUACGCAUCGUGAUCUAGAGUGAAUACAGUAUGUGAAAUACAUACGAGCGUUGACAACAUCCCUUGAACGGUAACUGUCACUCUUUUUUCGCGUCAUAUUCAAUAUAUACAACGCUUUACUGCUCAUAUAAAAACAUUACUGCUUACUAAGACAGGUUCGUCUCCUUCAUGUCACCUAUUGUUGGCUUUCAAUUCUCAGAAAACGCUGUACCCCUCUCUAAAGAGAAAUCGGUGACUGGCGCUUUCGAACAUCACCUUGAUUCCCGUAAAUCACAAAUCCAAUUUCGCUUAUGCACUUCACAAGUCGUUCGAUCCUGUUUCGGUGCGUGUCGGCACGCAGUGACAAGCUUUUGGAGUCUGCAUUUGCGCAGCUUUAUAUAUAAAAUCAAAAGUGCACGGGCCUUGAACUUUUACUACCGUAUCUCAGAUGUAAUAUUCGAGCCUAGCAUGUUCCUUUAUGUGAUAUGUAGUCACAGUUUGUAUAGGAACAGCCAGGAAAUCGGCCGGAGUCAUGAACAUUAUCGCAUUUCUGUAUUUUUCAAAAUUUGUGUUUUUAGAAAAUUUUGUCUGCGCUGUUGUAGGAGAAAUACCAUGAACCGAACUGAAAUAACUGCAGUGAUGAAGGGGAGUGCCGAUAAGCUCGCAAGAUGUCAAUAAUACAGUUUUUCACACGUGGGAAAAUUAUAAAUGAAGAGGGAAUGUAAACAACACAAAAUACUGCAAGAAAAAAAUUGAAUUGCUAUAAUUAAGCUUUAUAAACGGCCACUUAUUACAAUGCAUUUUACUCUUACAGUUUCUCAUAUGUAGUGGUUGUUCGAUAGAAAAAUAGGUUGUCUCGAAGUACCUUGUUUGAUGGAAGCGAACGAAGGCACGUGGUCUCUAAAAUCUGGGGACCAGAUAAUACUUCAAGAAAAGCUAGAAAAUGGUCUCUGGCGCGUGGAUGUACUCAAUGGAGCCUCCGAUGUAACAUUGCGUAUAGAGGCCCGGGACCAAGAAAAAUCGCAUAAAAGAGAAGAUGAAUUGAAGGGUUUAUCAGUACCAGCAGGACAAGAGAAUAUUGGUGAACCAAGAAAUUUAUCAGAUGUCGAGCCAAAGGAAAGUAAUUCGUCAAAAAGUUCGCAAAAUGUCGCUCGAGGUGAUUCGCCUGUUGACUCUUCACGUAGGAAGCAUCGUCUAUCUUUUAUGAGCAGUAAUGUGGGACGUAAGGGGGAGCAGGGCAGUGCUACCAGGCAUAGGUAUACGAUGGAGCCAAGAAUCGAGCCGCCGAAACCCCCGGCGAAGCCCCCCUUCAUGCUUGGAAAGGGGGGCACCAGCACACCAAGAGGUGAUUCAGUGUCGGCUGCGGUGGGAAACCAGGAUGGCCAUGGUCGACCUGCCAUUUCACGCCAACAUUCAGAGAGUGUUGUGUUUGGAAGAAUGCCAGGGGAGUCUGGCGGCUGCUCUGCGGUUUAUAGAACUGCUGCUCGAAAUCUGGCGGAGCCGGUGAGAGGGCAGAUAUCCACACCGGUGAAAUACCAAAGUGAGAUAGAACAGAGAGAAGCACGAGCAGCUAUCAAGGAGGAGCUAAAAUCUCUAAGGAUGAGUAUAAAUGAGGUUAAGAUGAGUAUACAUUUAGCCAUUAGGGCAGGGAAUGAUAAUGGUCUGAAUAUCGAAAUGCCAAUUCUUUUUAAGGACGAUUCGCCUGAACAGAAAAUAUUGAAGAAGAUGUUAGAAUCGCCUUUCAGCCCAAUUUUUGAAGUAACUGCUGGAUCGAAACAUCAGAGCUUUUCUAUAGCACCUAAUAGGCCGGUGCUCUAUAGCGAAAUUUUAUUACCUAACCUGAACUGUGGUAGCAUUCCAGAGAUGGUCAAGAAUUCGUUGAAGACAUUAGAGUUCAACGUCUUUCCUAUUAAAGAAAGCAACAAUGAACAUGAGGCCUAUUUGUAUCUUAUGAACAUGUUUUACGAUUUAGGUCUGAUCCAGACCUUCAAUAUUCCGGAGGCAACUUUGUAUCGAUUUUUAGUGAUGGUUGCUAGGAAAUACCGGUUUGUUCCAUUUCACAACUUUUAUCAUGCAUUCAAUGUGACGCAGACAAUGUAUUAUUUUAUAAAAACAUGCAAGGCAGAAAAGAUUCUGGGCCCGUUGGAAGAGCUAGCGCUGCUGGUAGGUUCUUUGUCACAUGACUGCGACCAUCCUGGUCUGAAUAACGACUUCCAGCGUAAGGCUCAGACCCGGAUUUAUCAUAUGCACAAAAAGUCGGUUCUAGAAAAUCACCACUAUUUGACAUGUAUGUCACUCUUGGCUGAGCCGGAGACCGAUAUUUUCGUGAAUUUGAAUCAAGAACAAGAGGAUCAGAUUUAUAUUUAUUUACGAGACUUGAUUCUAGCGACCGAUUUGGCGGUUCACGGCAUCAUUCUGAAGACACUCACCGAAAAGAAGAAAGUGUUGGCCAAACAUUUCAAAUUGGGAACAGGAUAUUACAUGUCAGAUGAGGACCGAAAACUACUGAUGCUCAGCUUAAUAAAAUGUGCAGAUCUAUCAAAUGAAGUUCGGCAAGAUAAGGUUUCUAAGCAAUGGGCGAAGUUGGUCAUCGCAGAGUUUAUCGCUCAAAGCGACAAAGAACGAUUAUUGAACUUGCCUGUCACACCUUUUAUGGACCGAGAUAAGAUCAUUAUUGCUCAAGAGCAGGUUAAUUUCAUCGAAAAGCUAUGCCUACCGCUGUAUACACAACUUGCGUUUGUCUUGCCCGAGUUGGAGGAGUGCUGCGAGACUAUGAACACACACAAAAAAAAUUGGCACAAACAUCUGAAGGCCUUUUUUGCCAACGAUCCCAACGAAGUGAAAAAGCUUAGCAACAAGAGUAUCUGGGAGAGAAAACAGGCCAAAGCCAAGGGGAGCAGUUUGUCGUCCACAUUGGCCAUGCGGGCAACUAAUACACCCGUCGCACUAAAGAGGCACAAACGUGAUAUAAUGGCGGACAAGGACAAACUGAAGCAAGUACUAGCGGCCUGAUCGUUUAGCAUUAUUCCUUUAAUACGAGAAAAAAUUACUUUUUGUAGAAUUUGUCGCCGUUUUUUAGUAACCGAGAAAACAGACCUUUUUAUCUUAUUU